AUGUGGUGCGGCGAGAGGACUGUCCGGGAGGUCAAGCGCGGCCGGCACCUCCGCUACCGCAGCCCAAGCCGCGUCCGAAGCCGGCCGCGUCGAGAGGGGGGCAGAAUGGCCAAAACCAGCGGACCUCCGUACACACGUCCCUAUCCACCGGAAGAUGAAGCACUUCUUACUAGAGAGCUAUACUAACAGUACGUUUGCAACAAGAACACGACCGGCCAAAUUUUUAUGUAGAAGAAGGAGUAUCAAUUUGGUGAAAGUUGCUGAUAUGUAUCAUGCGGCCCUCCGCUGCUGGGAGGGCAAGUCAGGGCGCGAUUAAUACUGCUUGGAUGUUGUGUUUCCGCGUUCUUAGCACAAGAAGUUAGAGUGUGGUUGUAUGGCGCAAAAGACAUGAAAGCGCGGAGUUCGUGGUCCACUGGGUUGUUGUUCAUCGGGAGGUUUCAUUUUGGGUCACCACGGAUAUAUAAUGUAAAAAAAGUUCACGUUGUCAAUGGAGGAAGUCGAUGUCGUGGUUGUCACAAUGACAACAUUAAUUUUCAUUUUGACCCGCCGUGGUCUGCUCUGGCGCAGUAGGUCUCUUCUUGGCUUGGAUAGCGACAGCAAAGGGACGCGCGACAGCAAAGGGACGCGGGCAGACGUGACGGUGGGGCGGGAAGCCGAAGUGCUCGCGCUGGUGGGGGUGGACAAGCGCCGUUUCAGGACUAUGGAGAAGAUUGGCAAAAGAGCGCUGUUAUCAACCGUGAGCCAUUCGAGGCGCAGCAACGAAAGGAGCAGCAGCAGAUGCGGCAACGAGAAGGAGGGCAGCAACUACCCGAUGAGGUGGUGUCUGCCGAAGAGUUUGAACUCGCGGGCUCAAGGUCCCGUCUGCCGCGCGACGAAGACCAGCCCAUUUUCGAUCCGAGAGAGCAGGAUGGGUACGACGAGGACGACGAAAUAGAGCCUCUCGAGAGCGAUCUCGCCGCGCUACGUGGGAAGAUCCAGGAUGACGAGGUCUCCGCGCUCGAUGCCCUGCAGGAACUUGACAAGCUGCAUGGAGAAGGUGACAGGGUCUUUGAGUCGAUCGAUAGGGAGAGGGAUGCGGAAGAUGACGGUGACGACGACGAGGAAAUGGUUGUUCGGGUGGGAAAACUCCUUUAUGACGUGGAAGAAGCUCAGCUAGAACGGAUGGGCGUGGUCCUCGGGGAAUUAGCUGGACCGGGGACCACCGGGGACGACGAUGCGGCGGAUCUGUGGGGCGAGUUCCUCAAGCUGUAUCAACAAACAAAGAACCUGCCGUGCGCGCUCCCGAAUUCGGAGUUUGCUGACGGAGAGGAGCAGCGCCUGCUACAGAUGUGGCGCCAAGCGCAGCACCUCCGCUCAUUGGAGGUCCCUUCCCAAGCCGGCCCGGACGAGCGCCGCGAAGCCGAAAGGUACCUCCUUUUGACGGUGCUGCCCGGCAUGGAAAACAAAAUUUACGCCAGAAACCCCUUCCGCUAGUGCGCUAGUGCUGUUCAAUCAACACCAGUAGACCAGUACUAUCCAGACGUAACUGUAGUUGUGUUUGAAAAUCUCGCGAGCCUAGGGGCCGCGCCUGCUUUGAAUCCGUGGGGGACCACACAGCGCUUCGCGGGUCCGCUGCUCGUGCGUGCUCCCCUACUUAUGGGUGCGCGCAGCGGCCGGCAGCCCCGCGGCGGGGCUACAUUUACUGCGCCCGCACCGCCGAGGGUUUUGCCACUAGUGAAGAGCGGCAUCUUCUGGUGUAUAUCGGUUUUGCCACUAGGAGAGAGCGCCAUCUUCUGGUGUAUAUAUGUUAUCUAAGGGAGUGUAUAGGCUACUACAGUGAUCUAGUACGACUUUCAUUUGUGAUUCGGCAUUGCGAUAUGUAUGCUCGUCUGCGGCCGCCUGCGAGGAAAAGGGCCCUGCUAGUUGGUGUAUAGAUGAAUUGCGCAUUUCAUGUUGAUCCUUUUCUGCUGCUUCCACGCGUCGUGGCGCAUCUCUAUGAUUCUCACUGGACCCUGAAAAGUUCGAUUGAAUUGCACUUAGCGCAAAUAAUUUUGUAGUUGCAUAUUGCCAGCGAAUGUUUGGAGAGGCUCGGCCAUCGUCUUAUCGUACAGGAAAGCACACACGGACCAGAAGAAAAUUGCAAAGUCGCGCCUUUCUCUCUGCACUGUACUACGGCCUGGUUAUUUCCAGACACAAAUACUAGUACCAGGAGAAAAACGCAUUUGUGCUGCUGUCUUCCGGGGGUCAGUACCUGUGUAAUGCUGAGCCGUACUAACACUAAGUAUUAGUAUGCUAUGUCAUGCGGACCAAUAUGACAAAGCACAAAUGUGCCCGGAAAACAAAAAUUUUCCAGUCUGAACAGCCAGCAGGGGCUCUGCCAGCUGAAACUGCGCACCAAAUUAUAGUUUUCCUAUUUUGGUAUGGGGUGUGGUUUUGCUUUUCUGCAGGAUACUAGUUCCGGAGGACGAGGAGGGCGAGCAAGCCGAUUUCUCGUGGCUGGAAGAACUGGAAGGAAAGGUGGAGAGCCUCAGUCGUGAUCUAACCGAGCUUAUCCAAGAAAAAAAGUGUGUAAAUGUAAGUUUUUUGCAGGAACAGCAUCACAGAUUUGUUUUGCAUGACAGAGAAAACCUGUCAUGCGUAGCUAGUCCGCGAAAACACGUAUGAAAAUAGCCUUUGACGCACGUCCAGCAUGACAAGCGUAACUGUGUUGCAACGGCUGCAACACAAAGUUACACAUAUUGCACUUACACAGUUUUUUUCUUGCAUAGAGCUACUUGAGCAUGAGGAUCUCUCCGCAGACGCCGCCGAGAGGCAGCUUCAGCAGCUCGGAGGGUUUCGAGAAGUUGCGAAGUCGCUUCUUGAACAGAUCGGCAACGCCGAGAAAAUGGUCGCACCGGAACUGGAUGAUCCCGAGGAGCAAGAAGAAGUGCGCACCCGCCUUCACAGCCUCCGCAUGCAAAGUCGUGAAGUCGCAGAUUCCGCUGAGGACGGAAAGCUGCAUAUCGCCGUCUUAUUGGUGGAUCGCGACGUGCAUAACGCGCAGAAACCAGGCGAAAGCGACGGGCAGAAGCUCAAUGUCCUGGCGGGACGGGUUUCUACCCUCGAGGGCACGAUCCGUGGGAAACUACAGGAAGGCGGCGGCCGCAAAGUACUAGUGGCCAGAGGCCAGAAGCCGGCUCCUCUAGAAACUACAGUGAGUGACGAGAGGCGGGAUCGUCUAGAGCGUCAGUUGAAGCAUUUACUGGCCCUCGGCGCAACGGUCGAAUUGACGCAGCGCGGUUAUGCCUCAUCGGCCGCCGGGGGAAGUGGGGGUCCAGCUCGCCCCGCGGACGGCGGUGAGGGCGAUGCGGACGUGGGUUCUCGGGGUGCCGUGCCGCCGCUCUUUGAGACCGACCCUGGCGCACGACGUACCCCAUGUUCGCCGCCCGUCGUCCUCCCAACGGCUCUACAACCGCUCGUGACUUUUGCUCAGAACUUGAUUUCUACAACUAACAUAGUGGUGGCUCGAAAAUAUGAAUAGAUUCGAAGGGCAUUCCCUCCUGCAGAUUUUCUUAUAGAACAGCCACCUUCUUCUAGUUCUACAAACAGAUUGCAGGCUCAUUCUACUUCGUCGUGCCGGCACGACGACGCAGUCGAGUGUCAAACACACGGAGGACUGGCCACAGGUAAUUCUAAUUUCGCGCGCAAGGGCGUUUGCAUGAAUAAAGCGAAGUUCUUUAAUAUCUCAGCUGGCAGCGGAAAAGAACCGGGGGUGCAAAGUCAAGAGGCUUGUGGAGCUUGCGGGACUUCGACGGGGGGGUAUGCACGUUUAUAAAAGGGAGAGAAGCUGCUGCCGUGGAACGAGCUGAUGGCGAGGGGUUUUCUCCGGACCAUGUUGUAGUUGAUCAUGAACAAAUGGGGGUGGGAGAGGGUCUACUUCCGGAAGACCGCUCUGGAGAAGCUGGGGAAGAUGGGCUUGAGUGGCAGCUUCGUGAGGAAGCCGAGUUCCUUGUCGAGGAGUACAAGAAGAGCGGGUGUCCGGAGGUUCUCGACCCGACGGACGGGGGGCAGCAUCUCAAAAAACUGACCACGCACGAGCUCGCAGCCAUGUUCCGCUAUGCGGACGGCCUGAAGCGUGAAUUGCAAGGAGAAGGCAUGCACGACGACGACGACGAGGUGGCGACGAAACUAGCACAGUUGAAAGAAGACAUUUACCUCAGCAAAAUCGUCGGCCCGCGUUCAGCAUCAGGGUUCCCGGCACAAUUUACUUCUCUCUAGAAAGGCCUCUCAAGAAGUUGUUCUUCGUCUUCCCCGGAAAGCUGCGCCGCACAGACUCCACUUGCGCGUCCACGCGUCAUGGAUGGAGGACAAGAAUCUGCAUGUAAUUGACAUUCAAAAGCUGCUUUGCUAGUCCAAAAAGUUGUAUGCCUUUUUGAUCAAGAUGUCGUUUCUAGUAAGUCUACUACGACCUUUGCGUCAUCCUUCUACAUCAGCCAGAAGUCCUGAUGCAUUUCUAAUUUGGACAAGUAGAGGAGCUGCGUUCUCGGGCGGGGGUGCUUGGCCUCUCUUCUCACUCGGUAAUUGUGCCCGGUACAAAUUACGGAACGAGGGUUCAUUUUUUCGGCGUGCAUACCACUAAAACCUGCGGUGGAGAGAUCUUUGACGAGCUUAUGAACAAGGGGUACGGUGAGGAGGAUUUCGGCAUUGUGGAUGAAUAUGAGGUCCUCGAAGCUGUAUUCGAGAAAAUUUGUCCGGUCCCUGGGGAAGUGGCGCUUCAGAUUGGUGACGACGACAAACUUGGCAAGCUCACAACCAUGAGCAGAGACGCAGCCUUUUUGCGGUUGCGAGUACCGGACGACUUCGUGCGCAGCGUGGCAGCCCAGGAGCAGGAGGGGAGCUCUUUUUUGCAUAGAGCCGACAAGCAGGAGGGCGACGGGGGGCGCGGCGACGGGGAAGGCGCUGAGGACCCGCCGACCCUGCAAGAGGAGCUAGAAUGGUUGCAGGAUGAUAUUUAUUCGACGAUAACCUUGAGCCAGCGUUCACCAAAUUGCCUGCCGAGAACGAGACUGAGCGGGCCACGUAUGCUUCGUUGUACUAAAGAGCGUUUGCAUCAUAGCAAGCUUGAGUUGCGGCUUCGCUGCACAAGCGGCUCCGUGAAAAGCAUUACUUGCAGCUCCUCCCUGUGUAAUAUGAUCUGCCCCGUUUGCUUCUUGUUUCUGAUGCAUGCUUCUGUUGAGUGUGUGGCACUUCCUCUCGCGGGCUUUUUUGCUGUGGGCAAAUCGUCGUGCCAGGUGUCGCUGGUUAUUUGGUUUGCAUACGCUCUUCGCUUGUGGUGGUGAGGACGACAAAAUCAGGGAGGCGCUCGUUGCUGCAGCUGACGAAGGCUGGCGUUCUGCCACGCUGGCCGAGGUGGUCGACUAUCGCAGGGACAUCGCGGGCAUGUGCACUGGAGAGGGGGAAGGGCAGUGUACCAGCGACGACGACCUCCCGAAGCUUGCAGAGAUUUGGCUUCGCAUGGUUGGCAAACUUGUGCGGGCAGACAAAAUGCGAGCUACGCCGGACGGCGACGAGGCAGACAGGCUGAAGGGCUUAAUUGUGGAACUCAGGGAGGGGCUUGACGAAAUUUACCCCAGCGAAAACUCCGUCCAGCCACGAAAAUUUCCAGGCAGAAUAGUCUUGCAAAGCUUUGCCGCGCCCUGGAUUAGCCCUUCUCGCCCCAGGCACGAGUCGCGCACGUGCACUGGUCUUAGGUAUUUUGGUCUCAGGCUAUGAAAACCGACAGGGGGGGCUGCCGUAUUUCCAGUUGCAGGAUAAUCGUGCGUCGCGUUCUGGCGCUAGUACUCAAUGCGCUUCAGUGUGCUGUGCGGAAGAUGCUGCUAGCCUGCCGCAGACAUAAGGCUGAGAUGCCCGCGCCAAACGUAGACGUCAGCCAGCAUUUCUUGAGGCGCGCUGGCUGUUUUGUGAUAAUAUGACAAAACAAAAGGAGUCGGCUUCUUUUUAAGGCGAAGGUGGUGUUGUUCGUAGUUACCAGUUGCUCCGCCCAACAGGACUGGUAUUGUCAUAUUAAACCUAUCAUAACCGUAUCUACCAGGCCUCCCCAUGCCUUGCAAGAUAUGUUAAACGCUCCCCAGGGAAAUUUUCGAUUUGCUUUCAUACAGACCUGAAGAAAGGUGGGGAGAAGCUUAUGAGCCAUCUAGCAGAAGAACUGCUUUCUACCGAGUACGGCAAUUACCUCACGGAGCACAAGGAAUUGGAGAACGAGCUUGGCGGGAGUGCCGAAGAGGGCGACAAAGUCUUUCCACUCAUCGGGGCACUCCAGACUGUGGACGCGGCCGAGCAGGCGGUCGAGCGUCUGGGUGAACUUGUUACAGGCUGUGAAGAGCAUGUAUCCUUUCCUUUCGCUGAGCUCGACGAUUUUCGAACGGAGAAUGGCUUUCCCAAAAUCGACGAACACUGGCGAGCGGCUCGUGGGGUCAGUGGGUUCAUCGACAGGCUUUUGUACGAGUAUCCCGGCAGCAAUUUGGGCUGUGAUGAAGGUCUACAAACUCUCUCGCCGCGGAAAAGUCCCGGGGCGGCCUUUUAUGGGGAUGCGGGCCUUUUUGUUUUUUCUCCGCUCGCCCUCGCUUUGUAUUUUUAUUGGCGCGCGGGAGUGGUAGUCCGCCGGCGCCGCAAGCCCGGGAAAGUGGCUGCGCCCCUUGUGUGAGGGCCCCCCGCAAUAGAGACCGCCUUUGGGGGCCUUCAGUGGUGUGCGCGGUCUGCAUAUUCCUGGUCGAAGGCGAAGGCCUUUAGGACCGAUCGCCGCCUUGCGCGCGCUCUGCUCUUCGUUUCACAGGGCUCGUCUUUUUGCUUCCGCGGCCGCGGCGCUGGCCAUGGGUAUUCCAAAGUCCUGUUUCUGCUAUCUGCAUCGGCCAGCGGCGGCUUUUUCCAAAAAUGCAUGGGGGCGUCAGGGCAGAAAGGCUUACGCGUGCACGCAUGAGAGAGGUCGUUGACCAUGGCCCAGAGGGCUACCCUUUCAUACACCGAGGGGGGCGCUCCUGCUGUGGCUCGGCCCCGCCGAGGAUUUCGGCAACUUCCAAAACAGGCUGCGCGAAGCGCAGCAGAAUUAUGAUGCAGCGAAUUGCGCAGGCAGUGUCGACGCUGCAGUGCCGGAAGUGUGUGAGAAGCCGCUGAACGUUUUGCACAAGCUUUUGAACGAGGGGCAUGGCAAGCAAUAUAUCCUCGAAAACGCAAAAGGAGUGCCGCAAUAUAUGAUUGACGAAGCAUACAGAUUGCGGCGCCAGGUGGAUGAAGGCGUAGCUGCGCUAGAGCAUCUGCUUGGCGUUGGGCAAGGUCCGCGGCCAAAGCCGAGGUCGGACCAUGAGCAAGCCCUUGCACCCGGGGACGCUGAAGACGCCGCGGCCUUUGUGAACGAGCUCGAGGGCACGCUGGCGCCUCUGUGUGGCGGGAAAGACGGGAACUGCGAAGGGCAGGAAGAUAUCAGCGCCCUCAGAAGCAUGCUCCUCGACAAGGUGGAGGUUUGGGCGCGUAAAGUUGACAAUGCUCUGGCAGGGGGCCAGGCGGACGAGGACCAGGCCCGAGAUCUCCGAACACUCGCCCUGGACCUGGCUGGCGCGCGCGACAGGAUAUAUCCCAAUACAGAUCAGGGCCCUGGCUCAGUCAUGAAAUUUGGUAGGCAGGCCAUGCCGGGGAAGGGCGUGCCUGGCAAGGUAGCUUGGCUCCCUUUCCUGCGGGCAUUUCGGUUUUCUAGGCGCGUGCGCGCGUUGUCCUUUUUGCAUGGGCGGAGGGGCUGUCGCUGUUCGCGGCUUUGCCGCGCCUAGUUUCGUUGCUCCUCGCGACGGCACUGUGUGCGUCCGUAUUCUUAUGUAUUCGCUUCGUUUCUCCGGGAGAAGGAAAGCGAAAGCCCUGACAUGGCCUGCCGAUCCUUCUCAUGAGGACAAAGUUCGGGCUUUGCUCCCUGCAUACAGUCCUUGCAAAAGGCGGGGACCCGCUUGGGGUCGUUUUACUGGCGGAUUUGCAGAAGCAGUUCGACGACCUCCUAGCAGAGUACACAGCUUUAGAUCCAGACAGGACGAAGAGCUUCAAGUUCGCGAAGAAGCUGGAAAGCUUUAAUGCGGGUGACAAGGCGCAAAUGGAUUUAAAUGGCAUCUACGAAAUCUGUCUGCAGGACGUGCAAGGCACUCUGCACUGGCUAAAAGACGGACUGGAACAUGUGCAACCUGGUGGCUUGGAGGAACUCGGCCGGGAGGUCGAAGUCUUUCUCGACGACCUGAACUAUCAUUAUUCCGGCAAAAGCUUGGUCACAAGGUACUUUCAAUCGGCCUUCCGUACUGCUGAGGCUCGCGCCCGCCCUUGGUGCGUUAUGUAUUUCACAGAUUGCUGCGGGCACUUGCGUGUCAGGUUCUUAUAAUUUUUUGCAGAGCAUGGUGGUUCCUUUCAUUCGCCAGUAAGUGUGCGCAAGCAAGAAGCGCGGGCUGGCAGACCUUCACCAAGCGAGCCUCUCUUGCAUACGUGAGUUACUGCAGUCAGGCUGCUGCUUACUCCAGACACGAUGUUUCGGCGCUUUCGGGAUGACCUUCGGAAUCUGGAGGACGAGUAUGCUAACCACUGUGGAAACCCUCCGGCCCCGGAUUGCGAGCAGGCUGGCGACUUUCGCUCUGACUUCGAAAGAUUUGCUAAGGAGGGCGACUUCUACGAGACAAUUCUGCGGGGUGUCCAUUUCGAUCUACAGACGCCCAUUGAGAUGGAACGAGCCGUGAAUCAAGCUAAGGAGGAGCGCGGUUUUUACGAGAUGCGCGCGCUUGCGAAAAGGCUGGCUGCUGAUCAACACCACAAAGCGCAGCCCGAGGAUGCUGAGGGGGGCGGCGAGUAAGCGUUUCGUAGCGUUUCUAGUUAUUGUCGAUAGAGUAGGAACAGAAAGGCAAACCGUAGCAGCCAAGCGCCCAAACAUAGAUGUUGACUGCGAAAUGUGUACAAAGACAACUCGGUUUUGCCAGGCGAACUGAUGUGCACAAAGACAACUCGGCUUUGAGGCGCCACGUCUUCUGAAGUUGCGCAGGCCGCGGUCUUCUUCCUCGGAAUGAACCGCUGCGCGCGCUGCGCUCCAAUCAGCACAGCAAUAUGACAGCAGCUGGCUGAGGCGAGAUUGAAUCAGGAUGGUACGCCGCCUCGAAGCAUCAAAUGGAAUUUUUCGAAAAUUAACUUUAUACAGGUACAACCCGCCAGUGUAGCGCUGAUGCGGCGGGCGAGUGAAACUAUUCACGAGGCGGACGGCUUUAUUAAGCCACAAACGAAUGUGGGCAACACGAAUACCGGGGCCAUGGAAAUUUAGGUGAACGACAGGCGAUCAUCGGCAAAAUGCAGAAAAUUCAUUAUGUCCGGCCAGUACUCGGGCACACAGCAAUUUUCUCGGUCCUGUGAACAAGAGUUAGGGCGCUGUUUUUUUACAGAACGCUCAACGCCCCGUCGUGGGGAUUUCGGUUUGCAAAAGCGCGCCCCGUAGAUUGCGUAGUAGGAAGACAGGUGAUCUAGAGUUUUUUUAUCGUUUCCGGCGCCCAGCGACUUUUUUUUUUGCGAAUUCUUUUUUUCCGUUACCUCGCUUUUUUUUUUUUCUUUUUUUUUUCAUUGCCGAGCCCAGCGCCUGCACCGGGGCGCAGGCGCUGGCCGUCUUUUUGCCGCAGUUUCCAUGCUGUAGCACGCAAAAGGGGUCCGGGCGCUUUUUUACUGCACAAAGCCCCACCAGGCACAGGUUUGUUCCAUUUUCUUUUUUUUUGCUAACCGGAUAGAGCGGAACUCGGUCUUCAGGUACUUUUAUCCUGAGGGGGCUUGCGCCGGGGUGCUUGCUGGCUCUCCCCAAGUACGGGAGGGGGGUUGCAGGCUAGCAUUUUUGGCACAGCACUUUCUUGCCGAGCGCGCUCAGGUGGGAGCCUCAACCAAGGGUGCCCGAAACUGUAGUGUUUUUUUUUAAGGUGCGCGGCGUUUUGAUUUCUCUUUUUUGCGACGCAUUAUUUUGAUUUACGACGCGCCAUUUUUUUUUUUGAUUUUUUUUCUUCACAUACAACUAAAGGUAAAGAUCGAACUUCGUAUGGCUCCAAAGCAGUUCCUUUCUACUCAAAAAACGCAGCAGAAACUAGAAGCGCACUCAUGUAGAAUACAGCAGAAAUAAAUCUUCAUAUACGCACACUAAGCACACGUACGCACGCAACAAGAUUUUUCAUUUUUCGUUUUUCAUAAGUACUUACAAGUAGACACAAAUCGAGAACGACCACCAAAAGCCGAUGACGAGACACAUCAAUCAAGUUUUAGUACAGUAGGACGUGGCACACGAAGAUUUCAUGUUUUCCCCCCCAUUGAGACUGACGAAUUUCACCAAACGCUUCGGCCCGUUUUCUCAACAGAGCAUUUCUCUAUAACAAUUGAGAAGCGGAGGUGGCAACUCGCUUCAAGCGCG